AGUCAGAGCUGCGGGCCCGCCCCGCCUGCCGCUGGGAUUCCACGAGUUCGGCCCGGGGGCCGGGGCUAGAGCAGGCGCGUGGGGGCUGCGCGUCCAACGCUGUCCUGCACGGGCCGGGCGGUGUGGCCGAACGUCGCGUCGCCGUGCAGUGCCCUGGGUCCCCGGGAGAUGGCCUCUGUGCUCUGGUCCGCUGCUCCCGCUAUUGUCUCCCGCGGGGUUGCUUGACUGCCGGCUGCGCACGCUCCGGGCUGAGAGGAGUUUCUUUCCCUAGAGCUGGUCCCGGCGUUCCUUCCUGCUUCCCAGCUGCUCGGGAGCGCUGCGCCUGGAGAGGGGCGGCGCGGAGGGGCUGUGCGCUGCCCGGUCGCCAGCGCGGCGCCGGAGCCGAGGCCGCCGGGAGCUGCCGGGCGAGCUGCUGCCGUCGGGGCUGGUUCUCGGAGGGGAGCCGGCGGGGAGCACAGGUGCCUGUCAGACAUCAUGCCACAGCCCUGCAGACCUGACAUUGGCAGGAAGUAGACUUCCUUGUCUCCUCCAUCCCCACCCUCACCAUGUCGUCAGCUCAGGGCAGUGGGGAACACUGGAAGUCCCUGGAGUCGGUAGGCAUCAGCCGCAAAGAGCUGGCCAUGGCUGAAGCCCUGCAGAUGGAAUAUGAUGCUCUGUCCCGGCUCCGGAAUGACAAGGAGGAAAACAGAACCAAGCAGAACCCAGACCCCUGUCUCAUCAACUGGGAUGAGCCCGUCCUGGACUUCUACAGCAAGCCGGCAGGAAGGCAGAAGGACCUCAAGCUCUUACGCGGUCUCUCUGGCUCCGAUCCUACCCUCAAUUAUAAUGCACUCUCCCCACAGGAAGGGCUGCCCAACCACUCUACCUCCCAGGGCUCCCCGCCUGGCCCAGAUCCCUGGCCCACAGGCUCCCUGGCUAGAGACUAUCUUUACAUUUUUGAUGGUUCAGAUGGGGGGCUCUCUUUGUCCCCAAGACUGGGGGACACAGAUGGUUCUUCUAAGAAACUGUCCCCACCUCCUCUGCCUCCUCGAGUCUCUAUCUGGGACACGCCUCCCCUGCCUCCCAGAAAGGGAUCCCCAUCUCCCUCCAAGAUCUCCCAGCCCAGUGACAUCAACACUUUUUCUUUGGUUGAGCAGCCUCCUGGCAAAUUGCUAGGGCAUCAGAUCCUAGAAGAAGAGGAGCCAAGAGGUGGGAGCACGGGACCCCUCUGGGAGUCUGUGGACUACGACGGCAUCAAUGAUGCGAUCACACGGCUCAACUUGAAGUCAACCUAUGAUGCAGAGAUGUUGUGGGAUGCCACCAGGGGUUGGAAGGAGGGCCAGGGGCCUCUGGACUUCGGCAAGGACACUCCUGGAAAACCCGUGGCCCGGAGCAAGACCAUGCCCCCUCAGGUGCCCCCACGCACCUAUGCCAACCGAAAAAAUUCAACAUCUGGCAAGAACCACCGGAUUUCUGCUGCUUCGGCGGUCUCUCGGCCCCAUGCCGUCACCAAUGGCCACGAGCUGUUUGAGGUCUCAGAAGAGAGAGAUGAGGAAGUCGCUGCGUUUUGCCACAUGCUGGAUAUCCUUCGGUCUGGCUCCAAUAUCCAAGACUACUUCCUCACUGGAUAUGUCUGGAGUGCUGUCACCCCAAGCCCAGAGCACCUUGGGGACGAGGUCAACCUGAAGGUGACAGUGUUGUGUGACGGCCUGCGGGAGCCACUCACUUUUACCUGCAACUGUUCCUCCACUGUGGACUUGCUCAUCUACCAGACCCUGUGCUACACCCACGAUGAACUGAGGGAUGUGGAUGUGGGUGACUUUGUGCUGAAGCCCUGUGGGCUAGAGGAGUUCCUGCAGAACAAGCAUGCCCUGGGAAGCCAUGAGUACAUUCAAUACUGCCGCAAGUUUGACAUUGACAUUCGGCUACAGCUGAUGGAGCAGCAAUCUGUACGCAGCGACCUGGCCCGGACGGUGAAUGAUGACCAGAGCCCCUCCACUUUGAACUACCUCGUCCAUCUGCAAGAAAGGCCAGUGAAACAGACCAUCAGCAGGCAGGCCCUGAGUCUUCUGUUUGACACUUACCACAAUGAGGUGGAUGCCUUCCUACUGGCUGAUGGGGACUUCCCACUGAAGGCCGACAGGGUGGUCCAGUCCGUUAAGGCCAUCUGCAAUGCCCUGGCUGCUGUGGAAACCCCCGAGAUCACCAAUGCUCUCAACCAGCUGCCCCCCUGCCCCUCCCGCAUACAGCCUAAAAUUCAGAAGGACCCCAGCGUCUUGGCUGUGAGGGAGAACCGAGAGAAGGUCGUGGAAGCCCUGACGGCUGCUAUCUUGGACCUGGUGGAACUGUACUGCAGCACAUUCAAUGCAGACUUCCAGACAGCAGUUCACGGGAGCCACAAGCAUGACCUGGUCCAGGAGGCCUGCCAUUUCCCCAGGCCCCUGGCCUUCACUGUCUAUGCCACUCACCGCAUCCCUAUCACCUGGGCUGCCAGCUAUGAAGACUUCUACCUCUCCUGCUCCCUCAGCCAUGGUGGUAAGGAGCUGUGCAGCCCCCUGCAGACCCGAAGGUCUCACUUCUCCAAGUACCUCUUUCACCUCAUCAUCUGGGACCAGCGGAUCUGCUUCCCUGUGCAGGUGAACCUGCUGCCUCGGGAGACACUGCUGUGUGCCACUCUCUAUGCUCUGCCCAUCCUCCCUCCUGGGAGCUCCUCCGAGGCCAUCAAGCAGCGGCGGGCGCCUGAAGCCCUGGGCUGGGUCACUACCCCACUCUUCAACUUCAGGCACAUCCUGACCUGUGGGCGGAGGCUUCUGGGCUUAUGGCCAGCGACACAGGAAAACUCCAGCGCCCGUUGGAGCACCCCUAAUUUCCACCAGCCGGACAGCGUAAUCCUGCAGAUUGACUUCCCCGCCUCGGCCUUCGACGUCAAGUUCACCAACCCCUCUGGAGACAAGUUCAGCCCCUGCUAUGAGUUUGGCAGCCUCCAGGAGGAAGACCAACGUGUGCUUAAGAACAUCAUGCAGAAGGAGUCUCUGUACUGGCUCACUGAUGCUGACAAGAAGCGCCUGUGGGAGAAGCGAUAUUAUUGCCACUCUGAGGUGAGCUCACUUCCACUGGUGCUUGCCAGCGCCCCCAGCUGGGAGUGGGCUUGCCUGCCCGACAUCUAUGUUCUCCUGAAGCAGUGGACCCACAUGAACCACCAAGAUGCCCUGGGGCUCCUACAUGCCACCUUCCCGGACCAGGAGGUGCGGCGUAUGGCUGUCCAGUGGAUCGGCUCCUUGUCGGAUGCUGAGCUCCUUGACUACCUUCCCCAGCUCGUGCAGGCCCUAAAGUAUGAGUGCUACCUGGAUAGCCCCUUGGUGCGCUUCCUCCUGAAACGGGCAAUCUCUGACUUGAGAGUGACUCACUACUUCUUCUGGUUGCUGAAGGACGGCCUCAAAGACUCCCAGUUCAGCAUUCGCUACCAGUACCUGCUGGCAGCCUUGCUGUGCUGCUGCGGCAAGGGGCUGAGGGAGGAGUUUAACCGCCAGUGCUGGCUUGUCAACACCCUGGCCAAGCUGGCCCAGCAGGUUCGGGAGGCCACCCCGUCUGCACGGCAGGGGAUCCUCCGCAAUGGCCUGGAGGAGGUAAAACAGUUCUUUGCCCUCAAUGGCUCCUGUCGCCUGCCACUCAGCCCCAGUCUUCUGGUUAAGGGCAUCGUGCCCAGGGACUGCUCCUACUUCAAUUCCAACGCAGUCCCCCUCAAGCUCACCUUCCAGAAUGUGGAUCCCCUGGGUGAGAACAUCAGAGUCAUCUUCAAGUGUGGGGAUGACCUUCGUCAGGACAUGCUCACCCUGCAGAUGAUUCGCAUCAUGAGCAAGAUCUGGGUCCAGGAGGGGCUGGACAUGCGCAUGGUGAUUUUCCGCUGUUUCUCCACUGGCAGGGGCAGAGGGAUGGUGGAGAUGAUUCCCAAUGCUGAGACCCUGCGCAAGAUCCAGGUGGAGCACGGAGUGACUGGCUCCUUCAAGGACCGGCCCCUGGCUGACUGGCUGCAGAAGCACAACCCUGGAGAGGAUGAGUAUGAGAAGGCUGUGGAGAACUUCAUUUAUUCCUGCGCCGGCUGCUGUGUGGCCACGUAUGUCUUGGGCAUAUGUGACCGACACAAUGACAACAUCAUGCUGAAGACGACUGGCCACAUGUUUCACAUUGAUUUUGGCCGCUUCCUGGGACAUGCCCAGAUGUUUGGCAACAUUAAGCGGGACCGUGCCCCCUUUGUCUUCACCUCGGACAUGGCGUAUGUCAUCAACGGGGGUGACAAGCCUUCCAGCCGCUUCCAUGAUUUUGUUGACCUUUGCUGCCAAGCCUACAACCUCAUUCGCAAGCACACCCACCUCUUCCUCAACCUGCUGGGCCUGAUGUUGUCCUGUGGGAUCCCUGAGCUCUCAGACUUGGAGGACCUCAAGUAUGUGUAUGAUGCCCUGAGGCCUCAGGACACAGAGGCCAAUGCCACAACCUACUUUACUAGGUUGAUUGAGUCCAGCCUGGGCAGUGUAGCCACAAAGCUCAAUUUUUUCAUACAUAACCUGGCUCAGAUGAAGUUCACGGGCUCAGACGACCGGUUGACCCUUUCCUUUGCCCCCCGCACAUAUACUCUUCAGCGCUCUGGCCGCCUCAGUGAUGUCUUCCUCUGCCGCCAGGAGAAGGUCUUCCACCCCAACAAGGCCUAUAUUUAUGUGGUAAAGGUGAUGCGAGAGAAUGCUCAUGAGGCCACUUACAUCCAGCGGACAUUUGAGGAGUUCCAGGAGUUACACAAUAAGCUGCGGCUGCUCUUCCCUUCUUCUAUGUUGCCCAGCUUCCCCAGUCGCUUCACGAUUGGCCGCCCGCGGGGAGAGGCGGGGGCCGAGCGGCGGCGGGAGGAGUUGAACCGCUACAUCCGGCACCUGAUCCACGCCGUCCCCGAGGUGGCCGAGUGUGAUUUGGUGUAUACCUUCUUCCACCCCCUGCCCCGGGAUGAGAAGGCUGUGAAUACCAGCCCAGCUCCCAAGUCCUCAGAUGGCUCUUGGGCCCGUCCUGUUGGGAAAGUGGGAGGGGAGGUAAAGCUGUCCAUCUCCUACAAAAACAAUAAACUCUUCAUCAUGGUGAUGCAUAUUCGGGGCUUGCAACUGCUCCAGGAUGGGAAUGACCCUGACCCCUAUGUGAAGAUUUAUCUCCUUCCUGACCCUCAGAAAACCACUAAGAAGAAAACCAAAGUGGCCCGGAAAACCUGCAACCCCACCUACAACGAAAUGCUGGUGUAUGAUGGGAUCCCCAAGGGAGACCUGCAGCAGCGGGAGCUACAGCUGAGUGUGCUAAGUGAGCAAGGAUUCUGGGAGAACAUUCUCCUUGGAGAGGUGCACAUCCGCCUGCGAGAGCUGGACCUGGCCCAGGAGAAGACUGGCUGGUUCGCACUAGGAUCUCGAAGUCAUGAGACCUCAUGAGCCCAGCAGAGCCCCCACCCAGGGCCCCAGACUGGUGGUGGAGGGGACUGGGCCCCAGACUGGUAGGGGAGAAGCCUCUUGCUGCUUGACUUGUCUUUUUCUUAUGAACAGGCAGGGCCCUUGGCAGGCCUCCCUGCUGUCCAGGUGGAUGGGGCCUCUGUGGUGGCAGGCAGGGAGAGGAAGAGGCCCUCUGCCAUCCCCUCCUCUGCAGACUGCAUUUGAGUUGGUUGUAAUGAGCAGCCCCUUGGAGGCUGUGAGGUUGCAGCAAAGUUUUAAGUUUACCUUGUGUCAAGGGAGCAAUGCCUGGUUUGGGGUAUGUGGGGUGGGCUGUAUGAAGUAGAGUUUGGGGGGAGGGUGGGCGGAUAUCUUUAUUUUUAUUUUUAAAAAAUGAAAUAGUAAUGUUGUCCUAACUGGACAGGAAGCCUUGUGAGAAGGGACUUACAUAUGCCUCAGAAGGCAAAAAGAGGAAGAUUAUUUGGACUUUUUGUAUGACUAAGGUUCUUAUUGGACUUUUCUCUAGGAUUUGUUUUGUUUUUCUCUCAAUAAGAAUUAUUUGGAGAGGGGCCCAGUGGGUCCUUGGUGAGAGCCCCCCUCUCUAAGGGCAGGCUGGGGAGAGGCAGGGUGGGCUGCAUGUGCUGGACUGAGGCCUGUGCUGCUGGGCCUUUCUGAUUUUGCCUCCAAAGGAGAGCAAUGUGAUACCUAUGUGUCAAAGGAAGGGCCUUUCUUAUGGGGUUCCGUAAAGGAGCUGUAUUCAGGGACCCGUGCUCCUUUGGGGGGAAUUCUUCCUCUACUUUGCCAGGACUCACCCUGAAUAUGUCUUCUACACCUCCAUUCUUUCACCCUUCUGGGGGCCAUCUGGUCCCAGUGAGUACACUGGGGCUGCUCCCCCAUAGGUCUCUCUCUUCAUAUUUCUCUGUGGGAUGAAAAUGCUGCCUUGGCCCUUGAUUUCAUUUCACCCAUGGGUAUCCAGGCUCUGGGAAGGGGCCCUAGGCUUCAGAUGCCAAUGUGGCUGCCUGCUGGUUAAUCCUGGGAAGACUUCUUUCGUGCUGCUUCUCUCCCAAACUCCAUUCUGUCACAUUUUUAAUAAGAAUUUCCCUCAUUUUAUGGGGCCAUACACCUACUUAGUCUGGAGCCAAAAGGAAAGGGGCUGGAGUCCCGUCAAAACUUGUUUUUUCCAGUGGUUUUCUUUGCUCUCAAGGAGACUGGAUUGGAGCGGUGAUUGACCUGGAGCUGGGAGGGAGAGACUGGGUCUCUUAGCUCUUAAUACCCCGCAUUUACAAUCACUUGGAUUUGAAAUUCACUCUUGCGCUUUCCUUCAAAAUGUAUCUUCCUUGAAAAACAAGAGGGAGAGACUUUUAGUUUAAUAUUAAUGUUUUAAACUAGUAUUGGCCCGAUGUGCCCUGUGAUUGGGGAGCAGAGAUAAUGGGGGACACUUUGCAAACGGCCUGUCCUUCCUCAGCUUCUUCUCCAGCUCCAAGGAUCAGAAAUCCCCCGCUUUGCUGACUCAUUCCAUAACUGGAGAAAGAAGCUCCACUCAUUACAGCCAUAGGGCAGCAAGGAAGUUUAAACUUUUCUUUUAAAUUAAAAAUGGCAAGUAUAAAGCUGGCUGUUGUGGGGAGAGGCUAGGGAAGUGGGGAACAGGAGUGGACUUCUCCAGAUGAAUGGACCAUAGAUGUGUUACUGGCUUUGUGCCUGUAGCUCAUUUUAUUUGGACCCUCUGUGUCCCUGGUUUAAAGAGGUCUAUGUAUUGUACCCACUUUCCAGAUGUCCUUGUAGCUCCUACUUUCUCUGGAAUUGUAUUUUUUAAUAAAUGACAUUUAA